AUGGCUCUCGCGGCAAUGCCUUUAAUCCGAGUAGUGAUUGUCCCCCCAUCCGCCUCCGUCUCUUCCUCCUACCAUCACUACCACUACCACUACUACCACCACUUGCUGUUGAGAGCCCACCAGCAGCCCAAGAAGAAGGGCAAGAAGGACAGUGGCUCUAAAUUAAGAUACCUAUUCCUAGCAUCAAUGAACAAUUCUCACAAUUUCUCUAGAGGGCCACUGUUCGUCGCCGCGCUAGCCGCGCGAAGGCCGCCGCCGAUGCUGCUGCUGCUACCGCCAAUGCCGCCGCGCUGCCGCCGCGCGCCCCCUACUGCGCCCACGCCCACGCCCACGCCUGCGCCCGUCGCCGCCACUGCUGCUGCUGUUGCCCCUGCCUCUGCCUCCGCCAAGGACGUGGAAAUGCAUGAUGCUCGGAACUCGUCUACCUGA